GUAGCCGCCCGUGCUGCCCGACUGGGGCAUAUACAAACUACUGUGUGAGGCGCCAUGCCUCCCCCCUGCCUAACAAUAAGCGAGCGUAAGAUCUGGUUGCUUGGCGAUGGAAAACCAUUGCGGAGGCCUUUGGGCCUUCGAAGAUUGUCUGACCUCUACUUCGGUGGCGCUUGCGAAGCAGAGGUCCCUCGUUCGCCGACAUCGAGCGACAUUUGCGUUACGCGGAGCCUGGGGCAAGAGACUAGCGCGCAGCAAGAGCAAGAACUCAAGAACAAGGGGAUCAGAAAGGGAGGAGAAGGAUAGCCCCAACCCAAACGACAGCAGCGAUGGCGUACACCAACCGGCCGCGGGCAAUCCUUGGCCCCCUGACGACCGUCUUCACGCCGGCCCCCCAAUGUACCGUUGCGGUUGGGGGUGGUUCGACUGCGAACGUGGCCUGGUUGGGACAGCGGUGUAACCCAGAGGUGGAAGACGACCCCGGUUGCUGGCCGGAGACGACGGAGGGCGCCCCCGCGACAAGUCAGCCGCUGUACGGCUGGGGCUUCUACUCCCCCGGGCUCUCGUGCCCGGCUGGCUACACCUCGGCGUGCACGGCGAUAGCGGGCCAGAGUUCCGGAUGGAAGGUGCAGUACCAGAUGGAGGCGGAGGAGACCUUCGUGGGCUGCUGUCCGACGGGCUUCAAUUGCGACAACCUUAACGGACAGACGUGCGUCGUGCACCCGACGGCGACCACCGUCCCGACCGUGUCCUGCGAGAGCGGCUCCAGCAACAACUUCGGCUACACCACCCUCCCCAACGCAUGGGUGUCCCAGCUCCACCUGUUCGCGCCCAUGAUCCAGCUCGCCUGGAAGCCGUCCGACCGUCCAGGCUCCUCCAGCAGCAGCACCGUCACAUCCUCCUCCUCCUCCUCCUCCUCCACAGCCGCCCCGACAUCACCCAGCUCGACCCCGGCCUCCCAAAACGAGGCCUCGCUCUCCACGGGCGCGGUCAUAGGCAUCGCGAUCGGUGCAGCCGCGGUAUUCUUCCUCAUAGUAGGAGUCGCAAUCUUCAUCUGGCGCCGCCGCCGCCGCCAGGCAGGUCGCGCAUCACCGGGUGGUCCCGAUUGGCCUAUCUACAAAGCGGGCGGGUACUCAGCGGUGGCUGCGGGGGACCCUUCCGAUGCGAAGCAGUUCCAUCACGUAUACACCGGCGUGGUAGAGCUUGAGCCGAACUCGGGGAAAGCGGAGAUGCCUGCCGAUAGCCUGGGACCGGCAGAGAUGCCUGGUGGAGAUGGGAGGUACAAUCAUGCGCCGCGGCCUGUGGAGAUGCCUGCGCAGCGGUAUGAAUGAUACGUGUACGGAUGUCCCUACCAAAAGUUCCACCACACCGCCUUUUGUGCCAAGACACCGUGCGCUGUAAGCCACUAUAAGCCACCGUCCUGCAUUUUAGGAGUGAAGCUAUUCCAAAUCAGGGCCCGGCCCUGUAACUACAUCUCCCCGGCGUUCCUUUGGCCGGCCUUCCUUAUACUCAUUACCACCUUCUAAGCGAAUCACUUCCUGGAUGUGGAAUGGUAUCCUCUCAAUCCAAGCCUGUAUCUUUGACUGCUCUAGGUCUUCCCACGCCUGUGUCCAUACCACUUCGGCUUCCUUUUUCGACUUCGGGGCUCCCUUCUUUGUAGUU